GUAAGGCUCCAAUCCCAGGUACUAGAUCCACCCGCGCGCUUCAACGGACACAUGGAUUGUCUGCUGCGAUGGUAUUCGAUACCCAGCAGUGGCCAGUUAGUUUAUGUAAGUGUAGGUCCGACCAAUGCCGGUGGCUCUCUUUCGGCAACUCUGUAGUUCAUGCUUAUGUAAAGAAAGUUCCGCCCACAGUCCUCGGUCGCACAUAUGCAUCGAGGUCCAGGAUAAAAUCCACUCUCGACCUGGUCCCCGGCUCGCGGCGACUCUUAACUAUGGAGAGGCGCGCUCGGAGUACCAAAAAGCAGAAACGAAGAUGUCUUCCACGGUCGAAUGGUACCGGAAGGAAGUGGCCACCUUCGAGACACGAGUGACUGGUCGCGUAACGCCUAGUUUGCUUGCUCCCGUAAGAGUGGAGGUUUAUGGGAAAGGUAACGACCCCGACAAAUUAGAGCAAAUUGCCACAGUUGGUAUCAAGGAUAUUCGACGAAAAUUAGAAUAUGAGAGUUGUCGAGCGGUAUGUAGUGCCAAAUUACCUGGAAUUGUUCCUUGGAGACCGGAGACCAGCACCGUUAGAAUUCCUAUACUCAAGCUCACAUUCAGGUAAGGCGCGUUCAUCGACCUAGCGUUAAGAAAGGCAAAUACAAGAAGCGCUCUACCGAGCUUGGUUCGUUUGAAAUUGCUGGGCCUACUGUGAUGACAGCGUGCUAGCUGGCCAUAGUUCCGAAGACUGGCUGAUAUGAACGUCGCCGAGGUAAACAAGAUCCUGGCAGAUAUG